AUGUCAAAAUACGUUCACAGCGGUCCAGUCGACUGCUCUACUGCCGUGAUAACUGGAGGCGCGAACGGCAUUGGGGAGGCUUAUGUUCGAGCACUUCACUCUCUAAUACAUGGAUGCAUAUGUACUGUUGUGAUUGGCGAUCUUGAUGAGAAGAAAGGGAAACAAAUUACAUCGGAGGUACUAGGCACUCUCUUCGUGAAAUGUGACACUACAAACUGGGAUGAUCAGGUCAAUUUGUUCAAGUCAGCAGCCGAAGCUGCACCUGAUGGUAGGAUCUCGUACGUAAUUGCGAACGCAGGAGUGGCACGGCGUGAUGAGGUAUUCUCAUUCUCCGGCGCGGAUCAAGAACCCAUCAAGCCUGAUCUUAGUAUUGUCGAUAUCAACGUCAACGGAUCUCUAUUUACAACAAAUCUUGCCCUCCACUACUUCGUCAGGCAAAACGGGCAGACCUACUCGGCUUCGAAAUGGGCUAUGCGAGGAAUCAUGCAUUCCAUGAGAAGGACGGCCUAUUAUUAUGGCAGUCGUGUCAACGUCAUUUCCCCAUGGUAUGUGAGGACCAACAUCCUUUCCAAGGAGGCAUUCCAACAUGUCGAGGAUGUCGGUGUGCAAUUUGCUGAGGCGGAAGAUGCUGGGCGGUGUCUUUUGCGGAUUCUAGGCGACAAGACGGUGAAUGGUCACUCAUUCUUCAUCUCUGCUAGAAAAUGGGCAUCUCAGGGGUUCAUCGAUUUCGACAUUGAUGAUCAUGCUGACAAUGAGCUCAUCGUGGCGAUUCAGAAAGAUCAGCUCCUAUCCGCUCCUGUAGAGAAUGGCCUUUUCAUAGUAUAA